AUGGAGGUGCCAAUGAGUGUGGAGCUGUCUUCGUCGCUAGCGCAAGAGACACCUGAGAUGGCUUCGCUGGUGUCUGAGGAAGAUACCGAAGAACAACACGAUGCGCUGUCGGGGUCAGGUCCGAGCCCUGCAGAUGUGAGCACGAACGCAGCUACGAGUGCUGCGGACCAGCCAUCGUCACAGUCAACCCCUGCGCCACAGCAGGACGCUUCUUCCACUCCACAUGCACCAGCACACACGCUGCCAACACGACAACCGACCGACAAUGAUGACGCCAAGGAGACGACACAGCAGACACAGCAGCAGCAGCAGCAGCAACAAGAAGAAGCCGCACCAGCGGCACCUGUACCGACUGAAACACACAACCGCGGCAGCCAUGGUGACGAGGGUGAGACUGUGCACUCCGCGCACCAGGUGAAAUCAGGGCCGUCUUCGCCCCAGCUGGAAAUCCGUCCUUCGUCCUCGACGGCCAGCGUACGAGAGACACACCCCCCAUCCUCGAAGAAGCAAUCGCAGCAGCGCCAUUCACGCUCCAAGACGCCCAAACAGCGUGUCUCAAACGCUUCAAACAGCUCAACCCCAACAACAACGUCCACCGUCACCCCUCCCACCCCGCAAGGUGAGCAAGAUGUGAGCCACGGUAGAGUGGCAAUGCCAGGGCAUGCGGCCAGCGCAAGUUCUGUUCAGGUGGCAGGCACAAGCACGUGCAUUGCUCCAUCGUCCACCGAAUGGCCGUCAGCGCGCUACGUUGUAGCGCCCUGGCUAACCACACGCUCAAUGUCGAGUCUGCGGGAUCUGAAGGCGGAUUUGCACAAGAGCAUUGAAGCCUCCCAGAGGUCAGCGAACGUGCACACGAGAAGGAAGCCAGCGGGCACGGGCACUGCACCCACCAGAGCCGCCUCGGCAAGCGCUCGUGCUGCGACUGCAGUGGGAACCGCCCCAGCGCAACCAAUGCAUCAGCGCAGCCAGCCCUCACCACACAUGGUGCAAGGCAACCGCAACGUAAACCCUGCACCAGCCCACCGCAACAACCACGCAGGUGGACUGAACCUUACGCCCGCGGCAGGACCAACCAUGCCCGCACCAGGCAGCCAGCUAGCCUCUGUUGCGUCCUCCUUCAUGACGGCCGUGUCUGCUGCCGCACAAGCGCCCGCACACACGGCAAUGGUGGCACCGCCCGUCGCCCGGCAACACCAGAUGACGGCUUCCCUGUCGUUCCCACCGACCAUGGGAACACCAAACACCACAGCAUGGCUGGCCAUGCAGCAGGCACCUGCAGCUGCGCCACAGAGCACGCUCAUGCUGCCCACGGCAACAAGCUACCAGCAGCAGCCACGGUAUCAGCAGCAGCCAGGCAUGCUCUCAAACACACAUCUGCCCAGCACCAACGCAUACGCUGCGUAUGGGAGCCAGCCCAUGCAACAGCACGGGCGAGGCGUGACGACAGGGCUGGUGUCAGCAUCAGGGCUUGCUGCGGGCAUGCAGCGCAGCAUGGUGCCACAGGGACACGCAGUCAACCCCUCCAUGUCGGCCCAGGCGAUGCCCUCCACCCUGCGGGCGCCCAUCACCACAACCAGCAUGCUGGCGUCGUUUGUGGCGCAAGGGGGGCGCUUGCCGCAACAGCAACAGCCCGGCGUCCAACACGCCGUGUACUCCUCAGCUGCGCAUCCGCCGUACAUGCGACAGGUUGCGCCAGCGCCGCGUUUGGGCAUGACGGCCGCGUGGAGUCAGCCCAGCACAUCACGCGUCGUCACCCAUGCCAUGCUGCAGCCAGCUGGCACCCUCCCUUCUGCCGCACUUUCACAACAGCAACAGCAGCAGCAGCAGCAGCAACGGGCACAGCAACUCAAGACAGGCGCUGUUGGUGUCAUUCCUGGUGCGCCCCAGGCAACUAUGAUGAUGCAUGGUGGUCUGCAACCAGGCAACAUGCCUGCAGGCAACGUUGGUGCCGUGGGCAGCAGCCCAGGCGGUGCAGUUGGGCGCCCCUCGCUGCCCAGCACGCACCACUCACAACUACCACCACAGCACCAGCAGCAAGUGGCGGUGAGCGGAGCCGCUGUAGCGACAGCGGAAGCACCGGGCAAGCGGAAGAAGAAGAAGAAGUCUAAAAAGUCCAAGAAGGAGCGUGGCGCACGUGCGCAAGCGGCGGGCGAGACGCAGGCUGCAUCUGCAUCCCACAGCCCGAGUGAUGAUGCCAAGGCGAAGAAGAAGAAGAAGAAGAGAAGAAAGAAGAAGGGCGAGGCGGAUGUCAGUGAGAAGAAGGGAAGAAGAGAGCAGCAGGCGAAGAGGCGUAGCAGCGCAGAACGCCACCCAUCCCAACACCCAUCUGAAGCCAGCACAGCAAAACAGCACAAGUCCAAGACAAACGUCCUCUCAAUCUUUCUUGAACCAGAGGGUGGUGGUGGUGGUGAUGGUGGUGAUCGCAGGAGUGGUGCCGCAACCACCGGCAAUGGCGGUGACGACGAGCAGAAUCGCGACCACAGCCAAGUCCGAGACACGGAAUCGCCCACGCUUCCACUGCUGCCACCACCAGCGCAGAAAGCACAUGCGCGUCAGCAGCACCAGCACCAGCAGCACCAGCAGCAGGCUGAUGGCCAGUCAGGCACCGCAUCGCCAGCUUUCUUCCCUCCCGACCAGCAGCAAGCGUUACACGCAGCAAGAGCAGAUGCACAGGCACCAACACAUGAUCCUCAGCAACACCAACCACCUGCACAACAGCAUCAAGUGAAGCAAAAGAGCGGGGGAGUUAUUGCCGGCAUCUUGCCGAAGCGCCGACGCACGCGCACAGACGAGUCGUCGCGCAAGCCCAAAACAGGCCAGACUGAGCAGAACAAGAAGCAGAACAAGCAGAAGAAGCUCGAGGCAGGUGCUGGGAAGAAAAAGAGAAAGGGUGCGAAGCACGCAAAAUCAGAGCCAGAGGUGGAAAGCGACACCGGCGCUGCUGAACCGUCAGCGAGGCAGCCUGCAGAGCAGCGCCAGAAACCUUCUCCUGCCGUCACUCCUGCUCCCGCAUCCACACCCCACGCUGAGGCAGAGAGUGAGCAAGAAUCUGCAGCUGCAGCUGCAGCCGCAGCGUCGCAGCGAACGACUGAGGAUGAAGGGGCGGACGAGCCCGUGAUGGACGAGGAGACGAAGAAGGCGCGACGCCUGCAACGCAUCUUGAACAAGCUGGGUGGAGCACUCGAUGGGCACAAGAACAGGACGCCCGGUGCACGGCGCACAGGCAACUCAUCCCGGGUGGCGCAGAUGAGGGCGGAUGCCGCUGGUGGGAGCUGGUCUGCUCACCAGGCUGGCACGGAAGCAGGCGCUCGGCGCGAACAAGGCAGUGACAAUGAAGACGAUGAAGACGAUGAUGUGUGGAUGAAGGAUGACGCGGAAGCAGAGGGUGGCCCUGGCGUCAAGCCGGCCGGUUUUCUUCGGCGUGCGUUUGCCUUACAUCAGCAGCAGCAACGGCGCACGCAGCAGCAACAACAACAUCAGAAGCAGCAGCAGAAGCAAGCCCGCGAUGAAGCUGACAGUGGUGCCGCUGAAGCAGCGCCCACAGCAACCGCAACAGCUGCCACCGCAGCUUCUGCCUCGCCCACGGCUUCAUCCCUCGGGGUCACAGACCGACCUAAGCGCGCCCACCAUCAGGCCAAACGUCGCAAAUCGGGCCGCUCCAAGCGCGUGAUUGAUGCGCGGCGCUACGAACCAACUGACAAGCACCCCGAUGCCCUCAAACACAUCUGCACUUCUACGACACUGGAAGACGAUACAGAUCCACGACAGCAACUCCUGCUCAAGAGCGUGGUGCGCAAUGCAAACGGCAGCGAUCCCGACGCGCUCCUGGAGGCGGCGCACAUGAUCACAGAGGGCCAGGCUGAUGUCCGAAAGCAGGCCGUGCAUGCAACGGCCCUGCGUGUUCCCCAGUCGACAUGGACAGGGUACACCAUGAGGAGGGGGGCAGAUGCUGCACAACACCCAACCCGGCGCACCGAGCCAGACUACGCGCAGCUCACAGAGACGGAGUGGUCUACGGUUGCUGAGCGCAACAGGAAAGGGCAGUUGCGGCACCGCGAGCAGGAGCGCAACUUGGCUGAGCUGAUUCGUGUGCAGCGCCGAAUGGGCAUCACAGGCGACCGUGCCCCUCUACCGCUCUCAUAUACGCUGGAGGAAUCCGCAAAAGAUGGCAGCAAGGACGCAGCCAAGGACGACAAGAAGGAGGGCAGCGAGGAAGACGGAGACAGCAGCGAGGAAGGCAGUGGCAGUGGUAGCGGUGGCUCUGCCGAUGAUGACGAGGAGGAGGAGGAGGAGGAAGAGGAGGAAGCAGACAAGUCGCAGCAGACAAGUGCGAAAGAGCAGGAGCAGCAAAAGCCAGAUCAGCUUGAAUGCGACCCGUCCUCUCUGUUUGCGGGCACACUCGUUUGGACCCGAUUUCGCUCGUACCCAUUUUGGCCUUCCAUGGUGGUUAACAAUCCGCUUGUGCCGGAGAGCCAGCAAGACGUUGACGCGCUCGUUGAGGGCGCUACCAAACAGCAGAAAGAACAGAAAGAACAGAAACAGCAGCAGAAAGAACAGCAGCAGCAGGACGGGGAUGAUGAGAAAGGAGACGUAGCAGGCGCUCACGACGCCGCUCCACCGCCAGCGAAGAAAUCAAAGACAAGCACGGACAAGACGGAAGCUGAAGAGGGCACGAGUACGCCUGCUCUCAAUGAAGCGGCAGCAUCGAGUGCUGAUGACGCUGUGAUCAAGGCGCGUCUGUUCACGAUUGCCUGCAAGCAAGUUCUCAACGCAGCGCCCGCCGACUUGCACGGUGUCGUGCGUCGGCUCUUCCGCUCGCGCUUGAAAGACAGGAUUGCUGUCCUCUUCUUCGGCGACAACACCAUUGAAGUCCUCAGCUCGCCGCUUCGCAACUGCCGGCUCUUCCGCGGCCACCAGCACCCGUCGUUCGUGCAGGCUGGGCAGGAGCACUAUCUCUCCGAUGUCUUCCGCAUCGCGCUUAGCCAGGCGGAGAGCCUUGAGGACGUUGAGAACAAGCUGCACCGGCCCGAAUACAGGGACAUGCCGCUUGCCUCCCUGCUGGACACAUUUGUUUCCGCUGAUAGUCCGUCCAGUUCCCCCUUGGCAGAGCAGGAACAGCAAGAGCAAGGCGCGGCAGACGGCGAAGAAGAAACGGGACGCGUGUCUUCGUCGAGAAGGGGCCGCCAAACGCGCAGAUCUCGCGAAGGGCCGGCGGCAACACCAAGCGCGGAUGAUGCCGCUGGCCCGCGGACACGCGGCAGUGCAAGACGGGCGUCGGAUGGCGUGAGGGGCAAGCGAAAGGCGGACGUUGAGGCGUCACCGUCCGCAUCAACACGUGCUUCAACCGGUGCGGCAGCGUCUCGCGGAGGGAAGCAGAAGCAGGUGGCCGGCAGUGGUGAUGGUGGCGCCACGCCGCCCAGCAAAGCCGCCAAGGUCACGCGGGCCUCGCGGGAGAAGGGCGGUAGCACGCCAGCGACCAAGGCGACCAAGGCGACGAAGCAGCCGGUGCGACAGCAACCACGCCGCUCAAACGCACGCUUGUCGCCACAGAAGCAGAAGCAGCAAUCUCCCGCAACCAAGAAGGUGACGGCGUCCGCAGCUCGAGCAUCAUCAUCGCCGCUAUAUGCAGCCAUUCCCUCGCGCGCGCUCAAGUCAGCAGCUCACGGCAGCAUUGCACCGUCGAUGCACGAUGCGAACACACUCAACCCCACGAGCCCGCUCUGGACUGCCCGUCUCUCGGCCACCGACAAGAGCCAAGACAUUUCGCCGUUUACGUGGUCGCGGGAAGCGCUGCUCGCUCUACAGCCGGGCGAUCUCGUGUGGUGCCGCUUCCGCUCAUAUCCGCACUGGCCAGGCCAGGUGCAGCGUGUUGAGGAUCGCCAGAGCGGCCCUGCGGAGCUGUUUCUCACGGCUGUGCAGGAGGCGCUUGACAUGGAGGCGGAGAAGUUCCAUCUGAAAUCCAAACUGCCAUCGGUUGAGGAGCGACAACUGAAGCAAGCCAUCGAGACGGCGACACAGCGACAGCGGCAGUGGAGUGGAUCAAGCACACGCCCCGUGGCCGCGCCCACAACCCAGCUCGCCCAGCUCACGGAAGAGGUGUUACCCGUUCUCGCCCGCGCCAAGUUUCAAGGCAAGCAGCUCUUGCGAAAGUAGAAGACCAUGCAGACACGCGCGUGCACUUUUUGUGUGCUCAGCACGCCGCCUUUUCUUUUCUCUUCUUUUUGUUUCCGCCUUGCUCUUGCCUUUUGUUUGAGUUACAUAACCUCCUGGCUGUGUUUGGAUCCACCGGGGGGGGGGGGGUCGCGUGCUAGAUCGUAGAUACUCGUUGACACCAGU